AUGCCUUCUUCCAUAAACGAGAGCUUGCGAAUAUACAGAGAAAUAUUUGACAAGUCAGAUCUGUUUAGCAGCAACGAUGACAGGCUUCUCGUUAUUGACAACUGGCUCAAUGUUCCUAACGACUGGACGUGUUCGGGAAUAGAGGGAUUUCAUCGUUGGCGCAUGUUGUUAAAAUCUGAUAUUGAGGCUACGGAGGCAAUGCUACAGUGCACAGAUGGUGACGAGCCACUAAUCUCGUCAAACCUCAUCGCUCACUGGACUUGCUGGAUGGCUCUGAUCAAUCCAGCGGUGUCGAAGCACCCAAUCACUGCAGUCAACAAAUACUUCAUCCUUCCAAAGCGUGAAGGCCAGAAAGGCAAGCCAAAAUCAGUCAAGGUCGAUAUUGUCGCGGAUGCAGGAAGAUCUUGGAUACGUUUGUCCAACAUAAAGCUUUCUUCAAUCCUUGCAGAAUUGGCUGAAAUGGACUCUCUAAUAACGUCAUCAGACGACGACAGCGAUAGUCAUGUUGAUCAGCCAAUGCCAGUUCCAUCGCUACUGAAAAUAGGCCAUGAGCUAUCUGCGGCCUCUAUCAAGUUUAUAAUUCAUGAUCAGCGACCAGACAUACAUCUCUAUUUGACGCGUCUAUCGCGAGAGGAAGUAGCCGAAUCGGAUUCGAGGAUAAAGGGUCAGCUAGAAACUCUAAAUCUCUAUGGAAUUCAGGUGCAUUUCGGUAUACCAACAUACGACCUAAAAGUUUCACAAAAGCAGCCUAGAGUGGCGUUGAAACCAACUACCAAUAUCAAUUUAGACGUAUCGAUACUCAUAGCAUUUACAUCAAUCACUACUCAUAUCUACAAUCCCGCAGAGGCCUCUCUCAAGCCCAACAAUGCCACUGAACACAUCAGAGCCAUCUCCAAUCAGCUAUACCAAGAGUCUGGCGUAUGUGCAUUGUUUGAUUUGAUUAAGGAGACGUGUGAUACUGAAACAUUACAAUUCUGGACUACACAAGAGAACAAAGAUCGCACAUACAGCAUACUUGACAAAAUCGGAGGAGCUACCGAAAAGCUCAGACUAGAAAGCAUCUUUGAAGGAGGCAACGAUAGCUUUUGGGAUGGUAGCAGAUACUUUAGCAAUCAGAUGGGCGGACUACCCGUGAAGAUUAUCAACGACUCUGGUGAUGAUGUCCCUACAGCCAGCUUUGAUGAUUUUGUGCUAAGGAGAGCUCACAAGGCGCUCAACUCAGACGGCAACAUGGGAUCAGCGGGUAAGUUGACACCUCAUACACUUCGCACUGUAAUAGCAGGAUUAGAGAGGGGCUGGACGACACUCACCUCGAAUCGGCAAUCAAUUAAGGCUUUAGUGCAAGGAUGGCAUACGCAUGUCAACAACAACAGCUCACUGGCGACAUUCUGGUUGGUAGAGCCGCGAUCGCUCUCGGAGCAACUGCUAGAAAAAUCUGAUAGAAAAUCGAACAAAUAG